CUGGGCCCAGCUUAGCCGGGGCACUCAAUCGACAAUGCCGUCCUCCGUCACCUGGGGCCUCCUCCUGCUGGCAGGCCUGUGCUGCCUGGCCCCGGCCGCCCGGGCUGGAGACGCUGCCCAGGACACGGAUGCAGCCGAGCACGCUCAGGAGUCCGCCAGCCACAAGAUCGCGCCAAACCUGGCCGACUUCGCCUUCAGCCUGUACCGCCAGGUGGCCCAUCAGUCCGAAGCCACCAACAUCUUCUUCUCCCCAGUGAGCAUUGCCACGGCCUUCGCCAUGAUCUCCCUGGGCGCCGAGGGCACCACUCGCACCCAGCUCCUGGAGGGCUUACAUUUGGACUUGAAGGAGGUGCCUGAGGCUGCCAUCUACACAGGCUUACUGAACCUCCUCCACAGCAUCAACAAGUCAGACAGCGAGCCUUGGCUGAUCACUGGCAACAUCUUGUUUGCCAACCUAAGUGUGAAGUUCAAGGACGAGUUUCUGAAGUACGUCUGGGAGCUGCGACACUCAGAUGUCUUCUGCCUCCGUUUCAGGGACGCCAAGGCCCGGACAAAGGUCAACAAUUUCAUAGAGAUGAAAAUCCAGGAGAAAGAUCUGGAUCUGUUCGAAGAGUUUGACAAAGAUACAACUCUCAUUCUGGUGGAUUACAUCGUCUUCGAAGCUCCAGGCCUGUUGGAGGUGAAAUUGGAGCCUGAGACCUUUGUGGUAGAAGACUUCCACGUGGACAAGAAGACCAUGAGACGGAUGUUCAUGUUCCGCCGCUCGGGCCAGUUUGAGCUGCUGCAUGACGAGGCGCUCUCCUCCUGGGUGCUGCUGCAGCGCUACCGGGGCCCGGUGCCCGCCUUCCUCAUCCUGCCCGACGAGGGGAAGAUGCAGCACCUGGAGGCCGAGGUCAGCCAGGAGCACCUGACCAGGAUCUUCCACAGCAUGGCUCCAUGUUCUGCCAGUCUAUAUAUGCCCAAACUGUACAUUUCUGGAACCUACGAUCUGAAAGCCACCCUGGGCAAAAUGGGCAUCACCAAGGUCUUCAAUGAUGAGGCUGAGCUCUCGGGGAUCAGCGAGGGGCAGCCCCUGAAGCUGUCCAAGGUGAGCCUGUCCCUGGGGUCCACGGGGCACGAUGUGUGCAGGCUGCAGCCUGGGGAGGGGGCCCAGGGCCCCAAACGCCCCGCAGACCCAGGUCCCUGGGGAAGGCCACUGGGCUCACCGAGACCGGGACGUGCUCAGGCGCCCGAGGGGGGGUGGCCUCUGCGUCCUGGCCUUUGGGACGUCCUCUGAGGCGGUGUCACUGAC